UAAUGACAGUAAAAUAUUAGGUGCCUACUUGAUGACGUAGGUAAGUCAAAACACAAUAUAGGUAAUAUAAUAUUAUACAAAUUAAAAUACGAUAAGAGUCAUAUGACAAAACAUGAGUGAUAUUUUACUGCUAUCGGAUCGACUGCGUGAUCUGUACAAUGUCAUAACUACAUUAUCAAUUUAUCUUGACACGCGCAUCUUCUGUAAAUACGAAAUCCGAUAGUGCGCUAAACGAUAUGUGUUAUAAUUGCACGGUUUACGUUUACGUGCGAUGCCCGUGUAGGUACCUUAGGUAGCUAUAUAAAACCCAGGACGCGCCCAAAUAUAGAGGUAUACAGGUAAACACACUCGUCCUAGUUGCAUCGCGAGGAAAAAAAAUGACGAGGAUUUCAGUCGCUCUGGUACUGACAAUAAUUGCUUCGAACACGGUCCGCUGUACGCCCACCACAUGGGACGCUGUCACGGCUACGUCCAGGCCCAAGUCGUCGGUUUCGACUUUGCCCUCCUCGAGUACGCACGCGGCCCUGAGCGAAGAAUUGUUGGACGCGUUAAAAAAAUUCCACUCAUCGUCAUCGUCGCCGGGCAAGGAUUCGCCAACACCCGCGGCGACGGGGACGGCCACACCGCCGAUUCCGCCACCUACGGCUUCCAAUCGGAUUUCGAUUAUGCAUUUCCCCGCAGCGUCCAGUUCUAUGAGCGCCGAUCAAUCGUCUCGACCGUCGACCACUGAUCCUGGUCCACUGAUCCCGGGUCAGCUUCACCAGCUACCGUUCGACCUGCAGAUGUCUGACCGCGGUCACAAUCAAAUUCCCGAACCUCCAUUGUCGCAAGCGCCCCUGCAGUCACGAGUACCGCUUCCGGUUCCCGUUCCACCGACGAUCGCAGACGCGCAAUCUUCGCCCGCCCACGUGACACCGCCGUCGGACCGUUCCACCGACCCAGCUUCGCUAAAAAUAGAACCAAUCGGUCUGUCGCCCAACUCUAACCAAGAGCUGAUAAAACUGCUGACCGAUUUGCGGAUGUCUCCCGCAUCGCUGCAAGAAUCGGCUGCAGCCUCAGGUCAAAAUCAAAUCCUCGCCCCCGGUCAGACUACUCAUCAUUCUUCCACGAAUAAUCUUCAACUCCUUUCUCCCGGUUCACCGAACUCGGCGCAGCCGUCCAAAGUCUCGCGGCCGAUUCUCGCCCCGAAUCAGACACCGUUAGACUAUUUAUUAAGUUCGUCAUCCCCAAUGUAUCAAAUAAAUUCAAUAAAUCGUCGACCACCACCACCGACCGACAGACCACGUCCAAACUUGGAGUUUGUAAAAUAUUUGCUGACUUUACCUCGGUAUCAACAAGCUUUAAACGAAUUGAUUGCAGCUCAAUCUUCGACUCAAACGUAGAUUUUUAAUUCAAACUAAAAUAUACGAUUACUUCUAAACAUAAAUUAUUAUACAUAAUUAUAUAUCUAUAUUAUUUAAUCAUCGUAAAAUUGUCAUAUUCAUUUAUUUAAUAGUUAAUAGCCCUGCAGCUCUCUACAGGUUAUCUUUUAACUUAUGCAAUCUGUUUAGCUAUUUUAUAAUAUUAUGCAUACCUUAUUAUGUCAUUAACUUAUGUAAAUAUUACGUUAUAUUACGUUUUGUUUAAAAUAUAUACAAGAUAUAAUACGACAAUUAAUAUAAUUGACAAUAAUACCUAGCUUUUAUACACAAUAAUAAUUAUUUACUUAAAUAGUUAAUUAGUGCAUUAUAACCUAGGUACCUAUAAUAAUAAAUUGUUUACUUAUGUAAACGGUAGGUACAUUUAAAAUAAUAUAUGGGUACCUUAUUGAAAACGUACGUUCUAGUCGUUUUAACAUAAGCAAGCCCGGAUUAAGAUAAUUUUGGGCCCGGGGCCAAACAAUUUUAGGGGCCCAUAACCAUAUAAUCAAAAUUUUGGUGACCCAAAAAUAAAAAUAUUUCAGACCAAAAAAAAAAUUAUAUUUGUAAAUUUAUUUCUUACUUUUUAUAAAUACAGAAAUAAAAAUAUUAUUUGUAUAAAUAAUUUUUUCUUGAUUUUUGGGAAGCAAACUCUUUAAUUAUAUCCUGGGUAUUAAUUACCUCCAAAAUAUCACUCUCUGUACACAAAACCAUAAAACUAUUUAAAUUUUUUAAAACUGUUUGUUCUAUACUUGUUUUUUAUACGAGCUAAUUUGGAAAAUGCUCUUUCAGCCGAACACUUUGCAAUAGGUAUGGUAUAGCUUAUAUGAAACGUUAAUGUAUUAUAAUAAUAAUAAAUAUAUAAGUUUAUAUCAUUACAAAUCUUUGUAUUUUAUCUUAUAUAAACCAGGUAUAUUAUAUACCAGUGUACAUGUUUCUUUUGAUUUACAUAAGUAAUAUACUAAUUAUAGUAUAAUAGUAAUUAUACUAUACCCAAAUAUAUCUGAUUUAAUAAAAAAAGUACUGUUCGACAGGAGCUUACUAUUGUUUAAUUUCCGUUGAGGGCCCGGGGCCAUGGCUCCCUCUUGACCUUCCUCAAUCCGAGCUUGAGCAUAAGCAACAAUAAGUAAAUAUUUCUUAAAACGACUUAUCUAACAAUAUUAUUUAGCUUC